AUGUCUGAAGUUGCAGUACUUUCACAGUUCAACCUCUCUACCGACCCUCAUGCUCAAGUGCUCAUAUGCUGCCAUGACACAUGCCGCAUCGCCCUUCUCCCCAGUCCUGCCCAAGUCAGCGAGCAUCUCCGAAAGAAGCAUAACAUACCUGCUGCUGAGCGACGUCUGGUAACCGAUCUCUUGAAGGCCCGUAUAUCGCUACUACAGAGCCCAUCCAAGGCUCCUAUUCGACAAGAUGGGGCAGCCUACGACCCGAACCUGCAUCUUGUUCACGGGUUUAGGUGCAAGUUCUGCAACGAACGUACGGGUAGCUCCCAAGUCAUGUCUCGUCACAUGACCCCGGCACACGAGAAGCAAAGAUUACAGCUGGGAGUGCGUAGAAAAGCCAUGUACGAACCUGUAUUCCUGCAAGCGUGGACUAAAAGUCCCUCGGGAGGACGUUACUGGAUUGUCGAAUAUGGCGGGUCUACAAUCAGACCAGUCGGGGGCAAGGAAGUUUGCGACCAUCUUGAGGGUGUUUUCGAGCGCGAGAGAGAACGACAAAAAGACCUGUUAGGCGGGGGCUCAGCGAAUGGGAAUGUGACUACUAGGGACUCACGAACCACAUCAUUCACGGAUCUCAGGCCCUGGCUGGAGAGAACCGGAUGGGAACGGACUUUUGAAGGAGUCAAUCGAGAACUGCUGAGAAACCUAAGCGCUGCACCCUCUCCUGCAACAUUAAGUCGGGGGCUGAUACUGGAGGGCGGUGGUAGUCGCGGUGGCCCUGUUCGUCCCGACGAACAAACAACAAGCUCGGCGGAUGAUGAACGCAAAAUCACUGCUCUUAUUACCGCCGUGGAUUUGGUAAUGAGCCGCUGCGAGCAAACGGCACGGACAACAAGCAGAAGUCUUCUGUGUUGGUUGCGUAGUGUACGCCCCCACGGGUGUUAUGCGAAGCCUUUCACAUUUGUAGGAAAGACGGCAAGCAGGAGGAAGUACAUCCGUCUUCUCAAGCGCUUCGUUGCUAUGAUCUUUCGAGCUUAUCGCCUACCUGCGGGGAUUCGACAGCACCAGGCCGGCAUCCGUUUCAAAAAAUCACAACUUCGUUUGAUAUCAGUACUGUGGAACCACGAAGGCUGGACCCAGCAUGAUGCUUUGAACGAGCAGCUUUGGCGAAGUAUGAAGCUAUCUGACGGGGCCGAUGUUGAGGUUGAUCGAGAUGUAGAGAGCACUGAUGGAGAGGAGGGUUGUGAAGAUGAAGACGAAGACGACAGCGACGAUGAGAGUAGUGUCGUGGGUGCUGAAGACUCCGAGACGGAUGAUAUGGAUGAUGAAGAUGACGAAGAUGACGAAGAUGACGAAGAUGAUGAGAGUGAAGAGGAAGAUCACGGCCGGAAGAACAAAGCGAUGAGGAGUUCGGGCGGGGAAGAAGUAUCACCCUGGGCCGAAGAGGUGCUAGAACUCCUAUUCGGACUAAUCAUGGCAUUUUGCACUGAAGAAGUUAUGGAUGGUCGCCCAGAUUCAACGCUGCUGGUGUAUUUCAGUGGUGUUCUUGGAUUCUCGGCUGACCUCACUGGUUUCCUUCCGGCCAGGUCAUACACGUCUAACCUUGCCGCGCUGAUAUACAUACAACGCCUUCUCUUCCUCGAGUACGCUGUACCAACGCAGGACUACCCUCGUCUUGGAAUUUCGAGACGCCCUCGGACGAAUCAGCUCGCACGCCUGCAGAAUGUUCGUCAGGAAUACCUAGUCCUCGGAUCACAGUCACCAUUCGAGGAGUUAUUCUCCCUACUCGCAUUUGGAAGGGCAAUAGCAGGCUCAGAAACACCUGCCUUCCUCCUCAAAUGGAGCGAUGACGGUCAGGUUGUGUCAUACAGAGACGACAUUGCGGUUCACAUGGAAAAGUUCCGACGUCUCCCGAAGGUGCUUUUGGCGCGCGCGGAGGCUCUUUGUGAGCUAUUGAUGUAUGGGUGGAAACCUCCAUGCGAUCUCGCCUCCGUCAAAGACGAUAUGGCAAAUACGACACACGAAUUUUCAUUCGUUAGUCACCCGAAGAACGGGCUGGCAGAGGCUUAUUUGGAACUAACCUUAAAAGCUUGCACCAGUCAAGCGGACUCCCUUUCCCGCAAAGGGCGAUGGAACCAGAAGGCGAUAUUCGAAUACCUGAAGAAGGAAGAAGCAUUGCGCGAGAACCUGGCAGGUCUGAUGCUCAUGACGUGCGGAGGUCAGCCCCGUUCACCAGACCUGCUCAGUGUCCGAUCAAAAGCAAAGCGCUCAACCAAUAGGGAAUUCGUUGUUGCUCGGUUCUUCCCUUCCCAGGUCGGUCACUUGGUGUAUAUAUACCUUGUAUAUAUUCGUCCUUUCGUGGAUAUGCUUGCUCGAGAGCAAUUGCCGAAUAUCGAUGGCUGUUCCCCUUUUUUCUUCCGGAGCCGGCCCGAGUCUGACAGCCCCCAUUGGUCCACUGAACGCCUCACCAAGAUAGUGAAACGCUUCACACGACAGGUUUGGGACCAAGGGAUUAAGCUGCGCCUCUUACGACAGAUCUGUAUUGGGAUCGCUGAUAAACACGUUCGUGAGGUGAGCCGUCCUUUUAACCGGUUUGAUGACCGGACGGAUAAUGCGGAUCGAGGAGUGGUAUUCGCCUGGUCGAGCGGCCACCGCCCGCUACAGCGAGCGAGGACAUACGGGCUUGAUGGGGUCUUCCCGACGCAUCUACAGCCUCAGUUACUUGAGCGUUACGAAUGGGUGUCAGUUCGUUGGCACGAAUUCUUGCACCUACCCAGUAGUUAUGCCUCUAGGCUUGUGCACGCUGGACCUGAUCCUACUACUGUACGCAGUCGUAGUGGUAAUUCGACGAAAUACAACAAAUCUGGCCCGUGCACAUUGCUGGAUUAUUCGUGUCCUUUGUAUUUCAUUAAAUUACCAUAA